UGUGUAUGUGUGUAUGGCUCUAUAGCCAUGAAAGAUAUGAAUAGAAGAAGACGUUUUGCCGUUUCUCUCUCUCUGGAGCGUGUCUUGGUUUCUUGAACAGUUAUUAUGGCUGUUCAAGCACAGCUGUACCCAGAAAGUCUUUGUUUUCCCAUGUCAGACCAACAAGAAGAUUGGGUUGUGAUGGUUCCUGCUUUUGAUUUGGGUUUCAAUCUUCCAGAGCCGCCUCCUCAACAGAGUACUCUGUUUUGUCUUCCACGACAAGUGAGCCAUAAUUUGGAUACUGGGUCGUCUUCUUCUUCUUCUGGUCCUUCUACAUGUUGUAGUAGCUUGCUUUCAACGGGACUUACUCGGUCAUUUGAUGCUCAGCUCGAGAUGCAAUGCCAAGAGAUUAACUGCAUUCUACAAUUACAGAGCGAGAGAUUGAAAUCUUCUCUGCAACAGCAGAGAAGGCUGGAGUUAGCAAUCCUUUUAAGGAACAUAGAAUCGAAGGCCAUGAGUUUGAUGCGGCAGAAAGAACAAGUCUUGGCACAAUCCACAAAUAAAAGAGUGGAGCUGGAAGCCCAGUUGAAAAGAGCAGAAAUGGAGAGCGAAUCAUGGCAGAGACUAGCCAGAGAAAACGAAGCUGUAGUGACAGAUCUGAACAACACACUUGAACAAGUCAGAGAACAAGCGGCCAUGGCCAGUAACAGAGCAGGAGAUGCAGAGUCUUCAAGUGGUGAUGGUUCAUUAUGGAUUGCUUGUAAGCUCUGUUAUUCUAGGACCUCGUGCGUUCUGUUUCUGCCUUGCAGACAUCUCUGCUCGUGCAAAUCAUGUGAAGCUUUUCUCUCUUCUUGUCCUGUCUGUAAGUCAGUAAAGGAGGGUAGCUUGGAAGUCUUUUUGGUCUAAACAAGAAAGGAGCAAAACAGAAGGAAGAAAGGAGAUGAAAAGAAAGAAAGGAUGGGAAAUUUUGUUUAGAAAAUUUUCUCGGGAAAACAAACACAAGUACUACGUAUUGGACUAGCCGUUGUGUUGUCAUAACUGGUAAUGAUGAUGGGUCCUUUUGAAGCUUUUCAUGGGUAUUUCUUUAACAGAAAUUUCUUUUCUUUUAUGCUCUCCGGCGGGUUAUGUGGAAUGGAAAUGAUAAUGACAGUAUCGAUAUGGGUAAAGAAUCUUAACCCGAUUUAGGUUGUAUUGAUUGUGCAUAAGAAAUCACCCUAUUG